AUGGCCUCGAUCCGGCUGGAGGCGUCCAAGCAGUACUACGCCACCAGCAGCCUUGUUAUAGGCUAUGCUCUGUGUUCCAGCUUACUCGCCGUCAUAAACAAAUUCGCCAUCACCAAUUUCAAUUACCCUGGCCUACUCACUGCGCUUCAAUACUUAACCUCAGCCUCGGGCGUCUGGGUUCUUGGGAAACUCGGCUUCUUGCACCACGAUCCCUUCACUGUAGAAACGGCCAAGAAAUUCCUGCCGGCAGCAUUGGUCUUUUACCUGGCCAUCUUCACCAACACGAACCUCCUCCGCCACGCCAAUGUGGAUACUUUCAUAGUCUUCCGAUCCUUGACCCCACUCCUUGUGGCAGUUGCCGACACCUUCUUCAGGAAGCAGCCAUGGCCUUCAAAACUGACAUUCUUCUCUUUGGUGGUCAUUUUAGGGGGUGCCGUCGGGUACGUGGCUACUGAUAACGGGUUCAGCUUGACCGCAUACUCGUGGGCCUUUGCAUAUCUGGUGACCAUUACCACAGAGAUGGUUUACAUAAAGCACAUGGUGACCAACCUAGGCCUCAACACCUGGGGAUUUGUGUUCUACAAUAAUCUCUUGUCAUUGAUGAUGGCUCCCUUGUUCUGGAUCGUGACUGGGGAAUAUGCGGAUGUGUUUGCAGCUCUGGCAUCAUCGGGCCUGGGGGAUUUGUUUGGGCCCGUCGCAUUUUCUGCUGUGACCUUGUCCUGUGUGUUUGGGUUGCUUAUAAGCUUCUUUGGUUUUGCAGCCCGAAAGGCUAUCUCGGCUACUGCGUUCACUGUUACGGGAGUCGUUAACAAGUUUUUGACUGUUGCCAUUAAUGUACUGAUUUGGGAUAAGCACGCGACUCCCUUUGGUCUGGUUUGUUUGCUGCUGACUAUUGCUGGAGGAGUUCUUUAUCAGCAGUCGGUCACUGGAGCAGUUGGGAAUGCCUCAGCAUUGUCCAAGCAGAUGGAGAGCAAGAAUGAUAAUGGGGCAGAACGGGAUGAGGAAAAAGGGAUUACCCGGUAA